CCUGCUGGUGCUGCUGAGUAGAGCGCGCGCUCACGCCUGCUGCCCGCACGCGCUCACUCACUCACUCGCGGCUCACGAAAGCGGAGAAAUCAAAACAGUCCGGCCGUCGACGCGGAGGAGAACUACAAAACAACCGAUAAAACCGUCACUGCCCAGUGGAUGAAUGUCUGGCGCUGAGCCCUCAAAGCGUUUCUCUUUCAGCAGGAGCGACAGGAACGGAGAAAACAACAGUUUUCGCGUUAAACCUACCAGAGUUUGUGCGGGGAACGAUACUGUGUUUCACAGAGCGUUGUAACGUUUCUCUUAAGAACUUUUAAAACAAGUUUGGCCGUCUGCGGAUGAUUUUAGAGUUUGAGAGGUCGUUAUUUUGAACGCAUCCCGCCCGGUGCGCGAGCGCUUAAUAGGAGAUACCUCAAGGAAACAAAACAUGGAGUUAUUCUUCAGUUAGACCCUGUAACUUCAACAAACCGCCUGGGGUCGUGUUUAGCAGCUGUUUUGAAGUCAUUUCAGUAUUUUUUGUACAGAGAAAUAUCUGAUUUACUUCCGAGAGGGUCAGUUUUUGCUGUGACAGGACGCGUUUGCACAGCCAAAUAUAUCAGUCCAUGAUGAAGAAGAGGAAACUGAACUGAAUCUCUGAGGGGAAAACGCAUCCAAAUGUUAUUUUACACCUAGAUAUGAUAUUUCAGUAAUGUUUUCUUCAGUGUUAUUUCAUAUUUCGUCACACAGACUGCGCAAUUAUAAAAUGUAUGCCGCUCUUAAAACAGAUGCAGUUCGGUUGUAAACCUUAGACCAACGGGAUUUAACCUGGAAUUAAGAAAAGUUUAUUAUUGCGGAAAUAUUCUCAUAUAAUCCACAUCAGAAGUGCCCUUUGGACUGCAGAGGGGAAUUGUGAUCAUUUACUUCACUGAUAGUUUUUACAUUGGCACGUCUGUUACUACCAGUUUUCUAGUUUAUUUGCCAUUAUUCCGUUUCAUCUCUGUCGAUAUGGAGGAGUGGAGGCAGUGCGGGCGCUGGUUAAUAGACUGCAAGGUUUUGCCCCCUAACCACCGGGUCGUUUGGCCCUCAGCUGUGGUAUUCGACCUAGCCCAGGCGCUAAGAGAUGGGGUGCUAUUAUGCCAGAUGCUGCACAACCUGUCCCCUGGAUCCGUGGACCUAAAGCAGAUCAAUUUCAGGCCUCAGAUGUCACAGUUUCUGUGUCUGAAGAACAUCCGAACAUUCCUGAAAGUGUGCCACGAUAAGUUCGGUUUGAGGAAUAGCGAGCUGUUUGAUCCCUUUGACCUGUUUGACGUAAGGGACUUUGGAAAGGUGAUCUCUGCACUCUCCAGAAUCUCCCAGCACAGCAUUGCACAGAUCAAAGGCAUCAGGCCCUUUCCAGCAGAGGACACAGCACUGAAUGAAGAUGAUGUGUACCGGAGCUUGGAAGAGUUGGCAGACGAGCAUGACGUGGGAGAGGAUGACAUUUACGACUGCGUACCCUGCGAUGACGACGGGGACGACAUCUACGAGGAUAUCAUCAAGGUGGAGGUUAGACAGCCCAUGAAAAUGGGCAUGACAGAGGAUGACAAGAGGAACUGCUGCUUGGUGGAGAUUCAAGAGACCGAAGCUAAGUACUACAAGACACUGGAGGACAUUGAUAAGAAUUACAUGAUCCCCCUGAAGCAAGUGUUAACUCCACAGGAGAUGGAGGCCAUAUUUGUGAAUUUAGAGGAUAUCAUCAAGGUCCACUUUGCUCUGCUGAGGGCCAUUGACAUGACCAUGGUGAGCGGUGGCAACGGCCUGGGAAAGACCUUCCUGGACUUCAAGGAGAGACUGCUGAUUUAUGGCCAGUACUGCAGUCAUAUGGAGAACGCUCAGAAGACACUGGAAGAGCUGAUUGUUACACGAGAAGAUGUCAAGUGUAAAGUGGAGGAGUGCACUAUGAAGGUCCAGGAGGGCAAGUUCAAGUUACAGGAUCUCUUGGUGGUUCCUAUGCAGAGAGUUCUCAAAUAUCAUCUUCUGCUUAAGGAGUUAGUGAGUCAUUCGAUGGAUCGGCCAGAGAGACAACAGCUUAAAGAUGCACUGGAGGCCAUGCAGGACCUGGCCAUGUACAUCAAUGAGGUGAAAAGAGACAACGAAACGUUAAAGAAAAUAAGUGAAUUUCAGAGCUCAAUAGAAAAUCUGCAGGUCAAGCUGGAGGAAUACGGUAGGCCAAAGAUAGAUGGAGAGCUGAAGGUGUCUUCAAUAGUUAACCGGACCAAACAAGACAGAUACAUCUUCCUGUUUGAUAAAGUUGUGAUUGUGUGCAAGAGGAAAGGCUAUAACUAUGAGCUAAAGGAGAUCAUUGAACUUCACCUCUACAAGAUGUCUGACGAUCCCAUGAAUAACCGAGACAUGAAAAAGUCGAGUGGAAAAAUGUGGUCCUAUGGCUUUUACCUGAUCCACCUGCAGGGGAAACAGGGCUUUCAGUUCUUCUGCAAAACAGAAGACACCAAGCGCAAGUGGAUGGAGCAGUUUGAGAUGGCCAUGUCGAACAUCAAACCAGAAAGAGCCACUGCCAACCAGCACAACUUUCAAAUGCACACGUUUGAAAAGAACACCAAUUGUAGAGCCUGCAAAAAGUUGUUGAGAGGUAUUUUCUACCAGGGUUACUACUGUUCACGCUGUGGAGCUGGUGUCCAUAAAGAGUGUCUUGAGCUCAUUACAAUCUGCAAAAUAAGUCCUCAAGAUUCGGAGCCGGGACUUCCACAAUCAGGUCCAAAAAUGGUUGCCGUUAGAAAUUACCAUGGUACCCCUGCCCCACCAGGAAAAGUGCCACUGUGUUUCCAGACAGGAGAGGUCAUUGAGCUCCUGAAGGGAGAUCCAGACACGUCGUGGUGGGAGGGCAAGGUCAUCCUUACCCAAAAGACCGGCUUCUUUCCCAGUUCUAGUGUGAAACCAUGUCUAGACCCUAAGCCUUUUCAGACAUUUUCCAGUCGUCAGUCAUCCAGAGAGACAGAUUACUACGUUUAUCCCUGGUUCGCUGGAAACAUGGAGAGACAGCAGGCCGACAACCUUCUCAAGUCUCACACCAGCGGCACUUAUCUGAUCCGAGAGAGGACGGCAGAGGCAGAGAGAUUCGCCAUCAGUAUCAAGUUUAAUGAUGAAGUAAAGCACAUUAAGGUUAUUGAGAAAGACAACUGGAUUCACAUCACAGAGGCGAAGAAAUUUGAAAGUCUGCUGGAGCUUGUAGAGUAUUAUCAGUCUCACUCAUUGAAAGAGAGCUUUAAGCUCCUGGAUACAACCUUACGGUACCCUUACAAAUCUCGGGAACGAUCGAGCUGUCGUACCAAUACCCGCUCACCAGCAGCCUCCUGUGCUUCCUACAACUUCUCGUUCCUCAGUCCUCAGGGCCUCAACUUCUCCUCUCAAAGCUCUGCUCCCUUUUGGUCAGUGUUCACACCCAGGGUGGUCAGCACAGCUGUGGCGCGAUACAACUUUGCUGCUCGAGACAUGAGAGAGCUGUCCCUGCGAGAAGGAGACAUCGUCAAGAUCUACAGCAAAAUCGGUGGUGACCAGGGCUGGUGGAAAGGAGAGGCCAAUGGAAGGAUUGGGUGGUUUCCCUCUACGUAUGUCGAUGAAGAAGGGGUACAGUGAAGUUCUGGGGUCUGAGAUCAUCCAAUCAGAUUGCGUUCUGAUCCGCAUCCCUCUGGGAGGACCCUCUGGUUUCCAUUGAAACACCUUGUGGAAGACUUUUAGCUGAAAACAAAUUUUACAACGAGUAUUUGUACUUCUGUCCCUAUCGUCGUGUACAAAUACGCUUUUUUCCUUUCUUAAAACGUCUGCGUGAUCUCUGUGAAGUCUGGUCGUUCUCGGUGUCAGAUGGGGUUAGGCAGGAAAAGCUGUGAACAGAGCAAAACUUUGCCUUGAACUGGCCAAUGGGAUUAGCAUGGCUUUAAGAUGUACAGUGAUACCUGUAAUGUGUGCUCUCGGCCACUGGGGUAUAUCAGGGUGUGGGGAUAUAAUUAUAAAAAUAAAUGUAUAAUUUAUUAAAGAGAAAUAUCUAUGAUUUUAUUGCAAUGUUGAACGUUUGUUCAGCAGCAGCAGCAGCAGUGCAAAAUAAUAUACAAGAGCAGAAAAUUGCACUUUGCAUUUCUUUACAGAAAGAAUUUGCCUUAGUAAUUGGUGUAAUGCCUUUAAAGGUGGAGGUAAAGAGAUGAAGCUCAGAUUUGUCUUGCACAUACACACUCACACUCGUUUAUCUGCCCUGUCCAAAAAUACGGUGCCUUUACAUGUCUUCUUCACUCUCAAGAGUCUGUUUUAUGUAUAGCUGCAGUAUUGUCACCCGGUUUUGCAGCACCGCAGUCUCACAGCCCUGGGAAAGGCUGGCAAAACAUCAGACGAGACAUCUAUCAGACCUGAUCGGAUUCAACGAAAGAUAAAAAUGCCAUCUGAACGCAUCUAGCCAUUGUGACAACUUUGCAAAAGAUGACUGUCAUGGAUGUCUAUACAUAUAAAAAAGAGAUGCAAGCAUAAUCACAUCUUCCCAUUCAAAAAGGAUGCAAACAUGCAAUGGAGUAUCAGAAAAGAGAUUCUGUGAUUCAUUUCCAGGAUGUUAUUCUGUGCACUGAUGUCCAUGAAAGCCCAGAGGUUUCUGUGAGAUGUCUUGUCCCAUACACUUUACCACGCCAAACUCAACUUUUCUCAUCUGCAGCCUGCCACAUGACAGUAUCUUGCCUUACUGACUGACUGGUGGUCGCUUGGUGCUACAGAGCAACAUACUUUAUUGAAUUCCCUGAGUUUGGGCGUGAUCGUCACUGCUGAAGAACCUCAGCCAUCAAGUGCACUUUAUCUGUCCAGAGACACCACACCGCAGACCUGGACUGUACAUGUACAUUUAAAUGUAAUAUUAUUUAAAGAUAAGAGAUGUCCUUAUUUUUACCUCUGGGAGAAAAACCUUGACACAAUGAGCAUCGUCCUUACAUUACCUGUAACUCCUGUAAGUGCAUGGAUGUGUCUGUCACAGCGUAUUUUCAGAAACACCUCUUGCUGUUGCCGCCUAUCAUAAAAUUGACGCUGUAAAGUGAACGGAGAGUGUCUGACUCGUAUGAGAUACGACAAUGUUUUAGGCUCUAGGCUUGAGUACAGCUGUCCAUAGUGAUGGAGGGGUGCGGCUCAGGUCAAGAUAGCACUGGCUUAGGGGAUUUACUGCCUGUUUGUGUAGUGGAUGAAAACCCAUUGCAUGUGGUGAUGGAUAAUACAACUGCUGUCCGUGGAUCCUGAAAAAGAUUUAAAAACAUGGAGUUGUGUACAUUUUGAAUGGUCAGUAAUUUACAAAUCUGAAGUCUAUCAUGAAAUAAAUAUUUCU